UUUGCGUUUUCCGGGGGCGGGGCCGGAAACGGCGCCGUGGGGCCCGGGGGAAGCGGGGGGAGCCCGGCGGGGACGCGGUGACACCCCGGUGACCCUCGCCGCCGUGCAGCCCCGCCGCAGCAAUGGAGCCCCGGUGCCCGCCCUGGCUGCAGAUCUGCCCCGGGCCGUGCCGCCUCCUGCUCCACGCUCUGUCCUCCGGCCCCGGCGGGGCGAUGGCCGCACUGCGGGUGCUGCAACGGGGCCAGCCCCGCGAGGGACCGGGGCAGGCGUUCCCCUGGCAGGCUCUCACCGCAGCCCUGUGCGCCGAGGAGCCCUCGCUGAAGGGGCCAAAGGACACCCUGGCCGUCAAGCCACGGCUGCUGCUGCUGCCCGUUUUGUGCCAGAGAAACCUCUUUUCCCUGCUCCUGGCGGUUCAGGAUGUAGUGCCCGGUGAUUGCCUUGACCAGCUGCUCCAGGCCUUGGAGCAAGAUUCCCAUGUGGAUCCCUGGGUGAAGACACUGGGGGAUCUACUCCAGCAGGGAGCAAGGGCAGAGGAGGGUUCCCCACAUCCCACUGCCCUGUCUUCCAUGUGCCAGCAGCAGCUUAGGGGCCUGUGCCAGAAAAUUGCCCAGAAGAAACCAGAGGGGCAAAGAAAAUUGAACUGGUGCUUCAGCAAGCAGCCUGGUGCCCCUGACUCUGCGCCUCAAGGUGGGAAGUGCAAGAAAAUGUCAGAGGAGAGCCUGCAGUUGGACAGUGAGAGAGAGGGGAAGAGGUUGUUGCUGGAGGAGGUGGCAUUUGAGCCCCUGGAGCCCCAGGAAUGUGGAGAUGUAGCAGGGGUGGAAGAGGAGGUGCCUGAGGAGCCUUCAGGGGAUGUAUCUGCUCAGAGCACAGAUAAGGCUGCUCCAGACAGCUCCCAGCAAGAUGCAGUUGGGGAGCUCAGGAAGAUUUCCCAGACAGAGCUGGCAGUAGAGGUCCAGUCCUUUGUCCAGAUGCAUGGACAGAGGCUGAAAAUGCUGCUGCUGCAGGAGUCCAGCCACUGUGAGCUGCGCACCCCACCUGAGCUGAGAAUCCUGAACAGCUGCUCCCCCAGCCAGGUGAACCCCAGCAUCCCUGCUGCAGCUGCUGCAGGGGGCUUGCUGCUGUCCCUAAUGUCCCAUCCCCUCUGCCAUCCCCAGCUUGAGGGGCUGUGCUCCUUCCUCCAGCUCUCCACGUGCCCAGAGCCCUUCCUGGUGCGUUUCUGCAGCUGGCUGCUGGCUCUGACCCCUGACCUCAGCUACACCAGUGCAGCCAUCCUGGCAGAGCAGCUCUUCCUUAGGCGAGUACGUGCCAGGGCAGUGGAGGUUUCCUGCUCCCCAUUUCCCCCUCCACUGUCCCCACCUCCUGCCUUUUCUGUCCCUAGGUCCUGUCCCUCACCCAGCCGCCUUCCCGACACCUCAUGGCUGCCCUCACUUCAUUUUGCUCCAAGUAUUCCCAUUCCUUCUGCCGUGUGCUGGUGGCUGCGGUGCUGCAGGAGUCUGGGGAAGGCAUGCCAGGAAGGGCCAUGCACAUCCCCAUGGAUUUGGCAGCCUCUGGAGGUUCUGCCCUGCUGCUUUGCCCUUGCAGGUGCUGAGCAGACCAAGCUGAUGUGUGAGCUCGUGGAGGAGUGCCUGGAGCCACACUCUGUGCAGCUGGUGCUGAGCCAAGUCCUGGAGGUGCCUUUGUCAGAGAGACUCCUGCCAGUACUGCAGGCUGUGCUGGGGCGGCAGGAGGUGCUUCCCCCUAAGCUUUUGGAUCUCCUGGUCCUGACUCUGUGCCAGCAGGCCCCAGCCUUUGCCACAUCACUCAGCUUCGCCAAGCUGGUGAUGGCCGUGCUCACAGUGUACCAGAGCCAGGUCACCCCAGCUCACCGGAGCAGUCUGGCUGCGGUCCUGGAUCAAAGCAAUGCGGUGCUGAAGAAAUCGCUGCAGGCUGUGCUGGAGGGGGCCAGGUGACCACCAAAAGGAAGGUGCCAGCUUCCUUGCUUGGAGGACACUCAUUGCACAGCAGCAGCCACAGCCACAGCCACCCCUCACUGGGUUCCCCUGGUGAGCAGGGUCUGUUCCCCACGGAGUGCCCAGUGAGGGGGCUUUUGCUGGGUCAGUGCCAUGCCAGCCCCUCACACUCCCUGGGGCUCGGAGGGGUCUUGGUUGAACAAUUCAUGUGUUUCCAGGUGUUUCUGUAUCUGUUUUCCCUCAGGCCUACCAUGCUCACCAAGGUGACCACACCAGGGCUGUGGGGGCAGGCAGGACACAGCCCACGGGGGAGUUUCUGAGUUUUUACUUCCCACAAUGUGUUUCCAAACCAGGACAGACAUUGAUUUGAGCCUGCGUGAAGUUGAUUAAUUCUGGACUUAGUUCAAUAUCUUGGUUUCACCUCAGCUCAUUCCAAGGCAUGAGUUCUGUGCAUGUCCACCCUCCUCCCCAGCAGCCAAGGCCAUUUUGGAGCAGUGCAGGCUGGGCUGCUGCUUUGUGUAUCUGAUCUGCUGGGAUUUACACAUCUCUGGGUGCAGGAGAGUGCGACUUAGCCGAAUUCCAGCUGAAUUUAGCUGGAAAUUUUGAGUGUUCUGCUUUAAAUCCACCUUACUUUCCUGUUUGCCUGGCCUGUGAGAAGCCCUGCUGUGUGCCACACAUUUCUGGUGAUGAUGACACUACUCAUUGCUCUAAUAGAAAAUGUAUAGCAUGACUCUGCUCAAAGUUCUAUGCUGUAUUAUUGAAGGUACCCACUGGACACCUCAUCUAGGCACCUCCUUGUGUGAAAACUGGGAAGAAAAGUUUGGGAGAGAGUGGAUACUCGGGCAGGUAGAGCACGGGUUUCAAUGGAGAUUUUGAAGCAUUGCAUACUUCAGGAGCAAUUUAAAAAUCCAUAAAUAUCCACAAAGGGAGAAGGAGAAUUAUAACGUGCCAUUGUGAUGUGUGGCUGCUUCAGGUUUGCUCUGUAAUGUUUAGAUCCCAGCCAGGGAAACUGAAGCAUUAGGUCAUGCUCUUAAGGCUGAGAGCACAGAUUUCUUUAUAUAAGAAUCUCUUAAGCUAUUUUAGGUGACAGUGGACUGAUGAGGCUUCAAAGUCCGCAUUAGCUGGAGGAUAGAAACCUCCAGGGAGCCAGACUGUUGAUGUGUUUGCAUUCCAGUGAGUUAGUGGCUGAGUAUAGUGAAGCUAUUGUAGGGCUGCCCAAAAUACGACAUAAAUAGAAAUUGUGCCAUGAUCAUCAAGGUCUAAGCUUGCUCUUCUGGCUUUAUUAGGUAGCAGGCUCUGAUCUUUGCAGUUUCCCUGCAGAGCUUCUACCAAGUGACCUCGGUGUCAUUGUCCCCAGUGCUCUGUCUGGCUGUGGCUGUCAAUCACAUGGAGGUGACCACUGGUUUGUGGCAAGAGCCUUCUUCACCCUGCUUUUGCUCUUGGCUGCAGUUUAUCAUGUGCUGUGGGUUCCUCUGAGGUGUACAUGCAGACAACGAUUGUGUGGGGAGAACUGGGAGCAAAUCCUGAGCAUGCUGCACAUAGUGGGGGAAGGCUGCUUGUUUAUAUGGAGGUUGGCAGCAGCUGCACAGAAAACUUUACUCUUGACUCCUCUUGACCCUUUCAAGAACUUUAAAACCUGUCCUGAACAGCGCAGAGAGGUGGAUGCAGCAUAAAACAUCAGUCAGAUUUUAUAGUUCAGCAGAAUCUUGGCCAAGGGUGGUGGGAGUGCCAGCACUGGCUCUGUCCUUGUCCUGAUUUAAGAGUUGGGAUGGUGAAGGGAAUGAUCCAAAGCUUUGUAUGUCUUUUCCUAGGCUGGGGGUAAGCAGUGAUUUUCAGCCAGUUUACUUGUGAUACUUGGCAGUGGUUCCUUACCUGCUUCCUCUUCUGUUUGUAGAGUUUUACUUCACAUUUCCUUUUUGGCCUAGUAGUUCUUGGGUUUUUUUGAAGGAAAUUCAUCAUAUGCAGUUACAUGGGUUGUCUGUCUGCUCUGCUGCUUCCUCACCCUCCACAGGAAUUUUUGAACCAGGUUCAUGGCAAAGAUGAUUGUCUUAAAUUGCAAUGCAAGAUGUAAUCAAAAGUCUGUGUUCUAUUGCCAGCUGUUAAAAUCAGCUGUGGCAGUGUUUUUUACCUCUUCUAUGACCCAUCCCUCAUAACUCCAUGGGGAUCUCUACUGUUAAUGGGCCGUUGAGCCUCACUGCAUGACUGAUACAAUUCCAUCAUCCCAUUGUGAGAUGCUUCACCCAGUGGGAGGAGCCAAACAUUCCUAUCUGGAUAUAAUCUGGGAUUUAGAGCACCAGAGUCAGCAUUUCUCCACUGGAUUGCCAGAGGAGACCGAACCCAUUUCACCACCACUGGACCUUCAGAGGAAAACUACACCCAUCUACAGGAUCACUGUUCCAACAAACCACAUCUGUCACCCCAGGACUGCAGCCACCAUUUAAUGGGACUGCUCCCAGCACCCUGCCCAACAGAGUGUCAGGCUGUAUUCUGACUAUGUCAAUGGUUUUUAUACUGCUCCAUCUUAAUUUUCCUAGUAAGUUGUAAGUUUUUUUUAAAAAUUUAUACAUACUAGUAAAGAACUGUUAUUUCUACUCCCAUA